AUGCGCAGUGAAGAGAGGUGUCAAAGUAAAGAAGCAGCAGCAGCACGGCAGCAGGUGCAGUAUGAAGCUGCAGUGGCAGCAAUAGCAGCAGUAGCGGCAGCAGAAGCAGCAAGCAGCAGCAGCACAAUGCAAUUCAUACGAACAACAGACGUGUCACGCCAGCGUGCGCCGCUUGUCUCCGUGAGCCAGGUUACGUACGUGUCUGAAGAGCCGAGCCGUAGAGACAGGUGCAGCCUGGGAGCCUGCGGAGCGGCAGCGGCAGGAACAGCAGCAGCGGCACAUGUAGUAGUCGGAGCAGCAGGAGCAGGCAGCAGGGACAGGCAGCAGCAGGAAUAG